AUGUCGCAAGUGAAAGAAUGAAGAUUAAGAAAACGGUGAACAAGUAUUCAUGUCUGUCGGUCAGUGGAAAGCACGCAAACCGGUCGAGUGACGAGUGAUACUGGAACCAUCGGCGCCGGCCAUUCUAGAAUUACUCACAUCACGAAAUACUCGUGUUUUGACGAAUAAACACAAAAUAAACGAAGCGUUUUUGAAUCAAAGUGACAAUUGUGAUACUAGUGCUAAAAAUACACGAUAUACAAUGUGACGGAAAGGACUUAGUGUUAAAAAUAAUAGUUAAGUUAGUGUUUGUGUUUUCGUUUGAGCUCGGCAAACCAUUUCGUGAAAUAGUGAAUUAAGUGUUGUAAUAUUUAGUGAAUUCCAGUCGAAUAAUAGACAGUAUUUAAAAUGAUAACGUGAAUCCAAACUCGGUCGUCUUCAACGGUCUCAAUCACAGAACAGAGUUAAUAAGGUCGAUUUUUCUAUGGUAUCCAAAAGGACUUAAAUAUGAGGUGACUUUGACUGAUAUCAUAAUUAGACAAAAGUGUUAAUGCAAAACACAGUGGAACUGACUAUAAUGGUAUUUACAUAACUGUAUCUAAUAUUUCAAAUAGUGAUAGAGAAGUAUUGCGCAUUUGAGUAGUAAAAACAAAAAAACUCCAUUAAAAAGGCAUGCAAAUAGUGUAUUGUAGGUAAAGAAGGAAGUGAUCAUAAAUGGAGACACAAAAACGCAUUUUUCAAAGUCACUAGAAAUAGUGUAGGGCUGAGGUUGAUAAUCCACCUCAUAACCCACACGGUAAAAGAAGAAGUGAUUUGUUAUAAAGUUGGUGAUAGACAAUGUAUAUGCGCGUGAGUGUGUCGUGGAAGUGGGUGGUGCUGUGGUCGCUGUGGGCGGCGCGGCUAGUGCGGCAGCCCACGGCGGAGCUGCGUGUGCGCAGCGGGCUGGUGCGGGGAUCCGUAGCUCACAACGGCGCCUACGCCGAGUACCUUGCCAUACCUUACGCUACCAUCGUCAAUAGAUUUCAGGAAUCAAAGCUGGUCCCACCGUGGGAGGGUACCUUCGAAGCGUACCAGGAACACGUCAGAUGCACGCAACGCUUCUCCAAGCACAUGAUCUCCGGCCAAGAGGACUGCCUGACCCUCAACGUGUAUACGCCGCCGCCGCAGCCCGGUGACGUCACACGGCGUCCCGUUAUGGUCUUCAUCCACGGAGGAGGCUUCCGAGACGGCUCAGGAUCCCCACUUCUAUACGGCCCUGACUAUCUAGUCCCUCACGGAGUCAUUCUAGUCACCAUCAACUACAGACUCGAAGUCUUAGGCUUCCUGUGUCUGGGAAUAGAAGAGGCACCAGGAAAUGUCGGACUGAAAGAUCAAGUAGCAGCUCUUAGGUGGGUUCAACAGAAUAUAGAAGUUUUCGGUGGGAAUCCUAACGAUGUCACUUUAUUUGGUGAAAGCGCAGGAUCAGCGUCUGUCGUGUACCAUUUAAUAUCUCCAAUGUCGAAGGGAUUAUUUCACAAAGUAAUAAUGCAAAGUGGUUCGGCCACAGCGCCGUGGGCUUUUCAAUUCGAACCACUUAAGACUGCAAGACUACUCGCCAAACAAAUGGGCUAUGAUACUCAAGACUCUCGUGAAAUAUACAAGAUAUUUAGGAACAAAACUGAUGUAGAGUUGCUGAGUACAAGAGUACCACGAGCCAAAGGUGACGUAGUUCUUUCUGAAAACGUCUUUGUACCCUGUGUGGAACAAACAAUUCCAGGCGUGCAAUCUUUCCUAACUGAUCUGCCGUAUAAUUUACUAUCAAAAGGCAAAUACGCCAAAAUGCCAAUGAUAAUAGGUUACAACGACGCGGAAGGAUACAUGUUUGUUGGUAAAGAAAACGAUACCACAAAAGAAAACUUUGAUUUCUAUAAUGGUAUACCCCGAGACCUACAUUUCCCAAAUGAAGAAGAACGUAUUAAGACUGCUGAAAGACUGAAACAGAUGUAUAUAGGAGAUAAAGAGUAUUCUAAAGACAUGAUAGAUGAGUUAGCAAGGUUUGAAGGAGAUGCAGGAAUCACGUAUUCAGUGAUAUCUACUAUUGAAAUGCUGCUAAAGACUAACAUUGAACCAAUAUACACCUAUAAGAUGUGUUAUAGUGGCUGGUUGAAUCUAGCAAAGUUGGUCUUCGCAUCGUGGAAGACACGAGGAGCUACCCAUGCUGAUGAACUGUUCUACAUGUUUAAGACAAGAGCCACUCUGAUUAAUUCAUUCUUUGAAACUGAAAUGAUCAAAAAGGUAUCGACGCUCUGGAGCAACUUUGCAAAAUUUGGGAAUCCAACACCAGCAGAGACAUCAGUGUUACCAAAAUGGCGGCCAACUGACAAGACCAAUCCUCAAGUAUUGGUGAUCAACGAGAAAUUCUCCACGGCACCACUGUGGGAUGAUGAAAUCAUGCUAUUUUGGAACAAGACUUACUCUAAAUAUAGAAGAAAAGUGUAGACUCGACGGAAUAGGUUAUAUUUAAAAUGUAUAUAGCGAAUGUAUGAUAUUGUCGAGGGUAAUGCAACGAAGACAGUUCUGGGGGUCUAAAAUGGCCACAUUGCAGCAAUUCAUAAAAGUAAAUGCGUAAUGUCUACCAACAUGAAAUACCAAUAUUGCUUUUUUGAUGAUUGUCAUUUGUUGCAGAAGGUUCGAGAAAUUUUCACUCUGUACGAAGAAGUCAAUGACCCUAUACAUAGAAACACUUUGAUUAUAUAACACUUGCCGUAUGCUCGGUGACUGCGUGAGAUGAGAUGGUGUCAUGUCAAUAAUUGACGGAACUGUGCCAAGUUCAUCCACAAAUUAAGAGCCGUUGAAAAGAAGAAAAUUACUGUUAUAAGUAAGAUGAUAUUUUGUUUGUUUAAGUUCGUAAGACUUUAAUUGUCCUCAUUUUGAUGUAAAUAAUGCUUACAAGCGUGAAUUUUUAAAGUCAACUUAACAAUCCUCAGUUUUACAAUCAGUAUGUUACAUGUUAUAUACAGUCACCAUGAGUACCUAAUAUUAUGUACCCACUUGAGGACCUUGUGACAUUUAGUGAGUCUUUCAGUUUCUGCCAAAAAGUUAAUGUGACAUGGUACUAAUGUGUAUGAUAUAUUCAUGCUUAUAGCCAUACUACGCACUUGAAACAAUAUGAUGAACAAUAUUGAAUUUAUGCAACAUAAUCACGUUUAAUAGGUACCUUGAUGGUCUUUCAAGACAAAGGCAAACAGUUUUAUGAUGUUUGUAGCCUAUCCCACGUAUCACAAUGAUGAGAAAGCUAUUUGCAUUGGACAUCAUCAUAGGUGAGCAUUAUGUACGACUUAUUAAAGCAUAAAGUAUGAUGUUUUAAGUUAUAACACAAAAUACAACAAUGUAGUGUGUAGGUACGCUUGUAAAGCAUUCUAAAGGUCAUUAAACACGUGUCCAACAGCAAAUAAGUACUAAGCGCGAAACUUGAGUUGGUGUUGACGCGACAAAUAUUGUUGUUUACCUCUAACUUACAUCAAACGGUGGUUUUAUUGACAAUUUGUGCAGCCUUGAAGGCUGUUUGUGGUUGUGAGUUGUGAAAGGCGUGGACGCAUAGCGGAGAGACGAGUACUGCGCAGGCCUGGCGGCCGGCGCGCCGCUUGCAACUAACUUCGCGCUAGAAUAUUAACAAAAAUUCAAAGAACUUUAAAAAUCGAAUCCAAGUUCGAAUUUCGAACAUUCAAUCAGAGUGAACUUUGUGCUAAACAUAUAAAUGUAUAAGUACUUAGCUAUAGUUUAAUUAAUGGUCUUUAAAAAGGUUGUGAUAUUUUAUACGGUGUUUGUGACUUUUUACAUUAUAAGUAAUAUUUAUUGUUUAAUGUUA